AUGGCGCCCAACAUGUCCCUUUUCUCCGUCAAUGCAAUCAUAAUCCUCAGCUCCGAAGAUGGCUCCCGAGUCUUUGCGAAAUACUACAAUGCGCCCCACCAUGCAACAGGUCCCUCUGCCAACGCAACGAACCCCCAGAUCCCCUACCCCGACCUCAAAUCGCAAAAGGCAUUCGAGAAAGGGCUCCUUGAGAAGACGGCCAAGCAAACCUCAGACAUCAUCCUCUACGACAACAGAAUCGUCUUAUAUAAAUCCGAAUCGGAUGUUAUGAUGUAUGUGGUUGGCAGCGUAGACGAGAACGAGAUCAUGCUUUACAAUGUGAUUCUGGCCGUACGCGAUUCAUUGCACUUGCUAUUCAAGCAAUCAGUAGACAAGCGCACGAUCAUCGAGAACUACGAUCUCCUCUCCCUCGCAAUUGACGAGAUCGUCGACGAUGGCAUUAUCUUGGAGACAGACCCGACGAUCAUCAUGCAGAGAGUCAGCAGAGCGCCGACGCAGGACGUGGCGCAGUUGAAGAACAUCGAUUUGAGCGAGCAGGGCAUGAAUAAUCUAGCGCAGUUCGGAAAGGCGAAAUUGGGAGACUGGUUGAGGCAGGGUCUGUGAUCUCACGUUUGCGUGAGCAUGGUGUUGGGACGAGGGUGGAAUGCGGAGGAAUAGAUAUAUGAC